AUGUGGCAAGUACCUUUUCAUUUAGAUAACGUAAGGGACGGAUGUACCACUGCUAUUUUUGACAAAAGGAAAAUUGAGCAUUUUACAACAUUAAAUUUAAAUGGGGGGGGGGGGGAUGAAAUAAAAGUAGCGAAGACCAAGACCAAGAGUGUUGCCAUGCUUUCGUCUCCGUCCUACAAACGUCGUGGGUGCGGCGGUGUUGGCACUGAUCCCAGCCACACACCCCACUCACAAGCCGCUCCGAGGCCUGCGUCUGGAGUGUAUCAUUCCUCAGUCGACCUUGAAAUUGACAUUGAGAUGCCAGAAACCCCAGCCGGUAGAGGUCGAAGGGCAAAGGCCAAUGCUGCUAAAAAUAGACUCAAGGCCAAGUUCCCCAACAUAGAGACCAAAGACGAGGCUGAUAGUAACGCACAGGACAAGAAUGAGGUGAGGUGUAUGUGC